AUGAGAAUGGCUCCGCAGAAUGCCGACUCGGAAUCUAUGCAAGUUCAGGAGCUGCCCGUACCCCUGCCGGACCUGCAGAAGCCCGGGAGCUCGGAGCCGGAGCCGCGCGACGAGACUGUCAGCGAGGGCUCCAUCGACCGGAUCCCCGUGCGCCUCUGGGUCAUGCACGGGGCCGUGAUGUUUGGCCGUGAGUUCUGUUACGCCAUGGAGACGGCCCUGGUCACGCCAAUCCUGCUGCAGAUCGGCCUUCCCGAGCAGUACUACAGCCUCACCUGGUUCCUGAGCCCUGUCCUCGGUCUCAUCUUCACGCCCCUCAUCGGCUCGGCCAGCGACCGCUGCACCCUGAGCUGGGGCCGGCGGCGGCCUUUCAUCCUCGCCCUCUGCGUGGGUGUGCUCUUCGGUGUGGCCCUUUUCCUGAAUGGCUCUGCCAUUGGUCUGUCCCUGGGCGAUGUCCCCAACCGGCAGCCCAUUGGCAUUGUCCUCACGGUGCUGGGGGUGGUGGUCCUGGAUUUCAGUGCUGACGCCACGGAGGGGCCCAUCCGAGCCUACCUGCUGGACGUCGUGGACAGUGAGGAGCAGGACAUGGCCCUCAAUAUCCACGCCUUCUCUGCCGGCCUCGGCGGGGCCAUCGGCUACGUGCUGGGCGGGCUGGACUGGACACAGACCUUCUUGGGCACCUGGUUCCGGACCCAGAACCAGGUGCUCUUCUUCUUCGCGGCCAUCGUGUUCACGGUGUCGGUGACCCUGCACCUGCUGAGCAUUGACGAGGAGCAGUAUAGCCCCCAGCAGGAGCGCAGCGCGGAGGCCCCCCCGCACCCCACCACCCUGGCCACCGGCGGCUCCCUGUUUCCCGACGAGGUGCAGUCGGAGCACGAGCUGGUCCUGGACUUCCUGGGAGUGGACCUGGUCCGCAGCAAGAGCGACUCCGUGCUGCACGUGCCGGACUCCGCACUGGGCCUGGAGCCCGAGCUGCUUUUCCUGCACGACAUCGAGCCCUCCAUCUUCCACGACGCCUCCCACCCCGGCACCCCCCGCAGCACCAGCCAGGACCUUGCCAAGGCCACGCCGCCCAGCCUGUCCUCACUGCUCAGGGAAACCGCCAAAGAGGACGCCACGCUGCUCGAUAAUCACUUGAACGAAGCCAAAGUCCCCAACGGCAGUGGCUCCCCGCCAAGAGCCAGCCCCAGCGGCUGCCCCAGGGUGGACGGCAGGCCCCCGGCUGCAGCCGGUGCCCUGCGUCGGCGCCGGCACGUGUUCCGCCGGCAGGCGUCCAGCACCUUCUCCUACUACGGCAAGGUCGGCUCGCACCGCUACCGCUGCCGGCGCGCCAACGCCGUGGUGCUCAUCAAGCCCUCACGCAGCAUGAGCGACCUGUAUGACCUGCAGGCACGGCAGCGGCAGCGCGCCCGGCACCGCAACCAGAGCGGGGCCACCAACUCGAGCGGAGACACGGAGAGCGAGGAGGGCGAGGGCGAGACCACGGUGCGGCUGCUGUGGCUGUCCAUGCUCAAGAUGCCCCGGGAGCUGAUGCGGCUGUGCGUCUGCCACCUGCUCACCUGGUUCUCCGUCAUCGCCGAGGCCGUCUUCUACACCGACUUCAUGGGCCAGGUCAUCUUUGAAGGGGACCCCAAGGCUCCCUCCAACUCCACCACCUGGCAGGCGUACAACGACGGCGUGAAGAUGGGCUGCUGGGGCCUGGUCAUUUAUGCAGCCACCGGUGCCAUUUGUUCAGCCCUGUUGCAGAAGUACUUGGACAACUACGACCUGAGCAUCAGGGUCAUCUAUGUGCUGGGGACGCUGGGCUUCUCCAUCGGCACGGCCGUGAUGGCCAUGUUUGCCAACGUGUACAUCGCCAUGGUGAUGAUCAGCACCAUGGGCGUCGUGUCCAUGAGCAUCUCCUACUGCCCCUACGCGCUGCUCGGGCAGUACCACGACAUCAAGGAGUACAUACAUCACAGCCCCGGGAGCUCCAAGCGUGGCUUCGGCAUAGACUGCGCCAUCCUGUCCUGCCAGGUCUACAUCUCCCAGAUCCUGGUGGCGUCUGCCCUCGGGGGCGUGGUCGACGCCGUGGGGAGUGUCCGCGUCAUCCCCAUGGUGGCCUCCGUGGGCUCCUUCCUGGGCUUCCUGACUGCCACGUUCCUGGUGAUCUACCCCGAGGUGUCAGAAGAAGCAAAGGAAGAGCAGAAAGGCCUGUCUUCCCAGCCCUUGGGCGAAGGCAGCAGUGAGAAACCCACGGUCCUGAGGCUUUCCCGGAAGGGAGGCCCGAAGGGAGCCGUGGAGACGGAGUCCAUGGUCUGAGCCGCUGCUGUGUGCACAUUCCGGCAGGGGCGGGGUGGCCGGCGGGGGCGGGGUGGCCGGCGGGGCAGGCGCUGGCCGGCCGGCUGGCUGCUGCUGCGUCGGUGGCAACGCAAACCCGAGUUCCUUCGCCACACGGAGGGGGCACUCAAUAGUUGUAGGAUAGGUUUGAGCCACUAGGCAGAAAUACCACACUAAUUAUUUUCCACAAUUAAAAGAAUCAUUUGAAAUUUUUUUUUUUAAUUGAAAAGGAUCUUUUAAUUUCAACUUUAUCUUUUAUUCUGCAGGUAUAUUAUUCUGCAUGUUUUUAAAUUGUAAACCAGAUUUACAAUAUAGACCAUAAGUAAUUUAGAAAAAAAUAAGAUUUUGCAUUUCUGAAGUUAAAAUUGAAAUCAAAAACUAUCCGAUGUUCUUUGCUGCAUCUUAUCUGAACACUUCAGAUGACGGUCGUGUAGUCAAUGACUAAAACAUUUUUACCAAAUUGUUUCUCUGUGGACGCCGACAGGUAUUUAUUUGGACGUUCUGACAGAUCUCACCACAUUCUGUUGGUGCUGCAGCUGCUGGAGAGUAUUUUUCUUUAUGAUUCUUUUAGAAGAAAACAUUCUAUUUUCCAAACUGGAUUUUUCUUUUUCUUUUUUUUUUUUUUUAGAACAGCAUUUCCUCUUCUCUGAGUUUCACUGGUGGUGCCCGUCCCUGGGCCGUGGGCAGUGGUGGCGACUGCACACCAAAGAUGGGAGGAGUCCAGGGGGGCUUCUUGGGGCAGAAAAGGGUGAUUCGCAGGGGCUGCCCGGGUCCCCGCCAGGGCACAGUUUGAACUAGCAGAUUUCCUCCCUGCCAGCGUGGCGUGUGCGUGUGUGCCUGGCCCCGGCACCUUUGUCCGAGGCUCCUGGGCGAGGUCGUGGAGUCUUUCAUUGCACUUUGAUGUGUCUUUCAACAUGUGCUGGGGAAAUCACAAGGGCUGAGCUGCAGGCGGGGCCACCACGUGUGUGGGACAGCGGCCCCGGCACAUGCGACAUGCUGGACACUGCUGACCUCUGGGGACCUCAUGGCCUGCUCCCCGCUGGGCGCUGGGAUGGGAACGGUGCACAGUGAAGGAAGGAAGUGUCUGGGGCAGGAGGAAGGGCCCUCUGCCGGACCUCUCGGCGCGGUUUUUGCUUCCCUCAGAGGCGCGGUCUUGGACAUGGGGAAGAACAGGGUCACAUGCUGCAGCGAUUCGCACGUGGUUUUCAGACCACUCUCCGUGCAACGGGCAGUUUCGGCGUGCUUUUUUGGAACGGUCCAUCUCAGGAGAGAGGGAGGCCUCUCCGCGUCACCGGAUAAAGUGACAGUCGCAAUACUUUGCUGCCUCAAGUUGACGUUCUCUUUAUUUUUAAAAUAAAGGACUUUAAAGUGCAUGAGAAUCAUGCUGCAAUAUGGUCAUUCUAAAGCAAAUAUAUAUAUUUCAAGAUGAAACUAAGCAGUUUUGAAAUAAAUUACUUGAAUUUUCUGUGUACUUAAAGGAAUGACUGUGUUUAAUGUACUCAGCCGGCCUCUGUUUUGCUGCGUUUCUGCUGCCAGUGGCACUUGGUGGCUUGUGUUUUGGGUGCCUGUCCCCAUCGGACGCACUCGGAGGCCAGGCGUCCUCCCUCGGAAGGCCAGGAUCGCAGAGAACCGACCGCAAGACGCGAGCGUUUUCCGUGUGUUAACCUUGCAAACAGCCCUGUGACUUGUGCAUGGACAGGAAGUGG